GCGGCCCCGCCCCCGGCAGAGCGCGCCCCACGGCGUCUGGGGGGCGGGGACGCGGGCGAGGCUGGCCAUGGAGGCCGCGCGGAAAGCCCACGAGGCCGCGCUGCGGCUGCUGCUGAGCCGGCCUUGGGCCUCGGGCGCCGCCUCCCGCCCGAAGCCCCGCGCCUCGGAGGUGCUGACGCAGCACCUGCUGCAGCGACGCCUGCCGCACUGGACCUCCUUCUGCGUGCCCUACAGCGCCGUCCGCAACGACCAGUUCGGCCUCUCGCACUUCAACUGGCCGGUGCAGGGCGCCAACUACCACAUUCUGCGCACGGGCUGCUUCCCCUUUAUCAAGUAUCACUGCUCCAAGGCCCCCUGGCAGGACCUGGCCCAGCAGGAUCGGUUCUUCACGGCGCUCAAGGUCGUCAACCUCGGUAUUCCAACUUUAUUAUAUGGACUUGGCUCCUGGUUAUUUGCUAGAGUCACAGAGACUGUGCACACCAGUUAUGGACCAGUAACAGUUUACUUUCUAAAUAAAGAAGAUGAAGGUGCCAUGUAUUGAAAGUGUGCAUUGUAAAACAUAAAUAUUAGUGGAUUUUCUCAUGUGUAUGUGCAAUAUUUAUUUUUGAUCCUUUGAAAUUAAACUUUUGCAAAUAUC